CUCACAUGCUGUUUGUGUUUGUUACUGAGCAGAGUUUUCAGUUUUUAUCUCGUUAUUUUCAUGUCUGUCCGUCCUCCUCACAAUUCCUGGUGACAUAAUCUUCAGGCUUCAUCAUGUCAGGGACGCUGCUGCUCAGACAGCUGGUCAAUAAGAGACUGGCAGCGGCUGCGGAGGAGAUCUUUGGGCUUGUUGAAAGGACGAUAGCUGAGUAUCAGGAUGAAGCUGCCCGAGCCAAGAGGGAAAUCUGUCAGCUGAGAGAGCAGCUCGAGAAACAAACAAAGGCCCAAGUGGCAUUCCUCAAAACACAUCCUCCACAAGUCUCAGAGAACCAGCUUCCUUCACUUCAGCAAUGUGACAUCAAAGUGGAAGAGAUCAUCAUCAGUGAGGAAACAGAGCUGCAACCACAGGUCAAAGAGGAACCGUUGGAUCAUGUGAUCAGUCUGGACUUUUCCAACACUGCUGAAGUCGGACAUUUUAAAUCAGAACUAGAAACAAACUGUGAGCUGUCUUCAUCUCAUACUCCCUCUACUGAGAGUGUAAGUGAAAAUCACCAGAUGAGUGACUGUGAUGGGCCAUGUUCCCCACCUCACAGUUGUAGCACUGAAGGCUCUGUGGAGCAGGAGCAGCCACAGAAGAAGAAAAAGUCCAACUAUUUUUUUGGUAUGGAUUUUGAAUGUGUUCAGGAAAUUCAGCAAGCACUUCCUGAACUGAAAUAUUCGAGGUUGAUGGCUGUUAUUGAAUACUUGGCAACAGAGGUUGGAAUCACAAAGACAGAGGACCUUGUCUAUGUUGAAGAGGAGGACUUGCAGAGUCAUUUGACGGCAGAGCAGUGCUGUAAAGCCACCCAAACGUUCAGAAAAAAAGUGUUUAAAGACAUAAAUCCUGUCAACAGUGGUGUGCAUCAUGAACAGACUCCUUCUCUUUCAUCCGCGGACUCAUUUUGCAAACGGCCACACCAUCCUGGACCUUCAUCAAUAGGAACACUGAACUCAUGGAUAAACAAUUUAGAAAUUCCCUUUGACAAGUUGCCUGCUUCACUCUCUCAGGCUGUGGCCAGAGGAACAAAGGCAUACCCUGCAGAUAUCAGAGCAAUGGUGAGAGCUGUGGUGGACGUUAUGCAGAAACACUGCCCAAACCCCAGCAAGAGUGCCUGCAUAGAGGUGGCUAAAAUGCUUGUUUCAAAAUAUCCAGGGGUUUUUUCAGACAUGACAGAGGGAGGAGAAGUAUCUGGGAAAAGUUUCUUCUCACUUGUAUAUAAGCUAAAGACACGAGUUGAACAUGUGAACCGUGACAGUAAACAUAAGACAAAGUGACCUAGUAUGGAAACAAGGACAAUAAAAGAAACUGGGAUGCUAACAAAGGUGUCUCCACCUUUAUUAUCACCCCAGGGAUUUUUUAGGUCAUCAUCUCUUGGCCUUAAGUAAAGGUUAUGGACAUAAAACUUC